AUGGAGAGUUUUGAGGCUAUUAUGGAGUGGAUCGAGAGGAAGAGUGUGCUGGCUGGCGGAAGUAUGAGGCACAUGAAUGUGGUCAUUCAUGACGAGGAUCCAGGAGAUCAGAAGGAAGGAGAGAGGUUCGAACUGAAGGAGGAACAGAAGAAGGAGAAAGGAAAAUGGAGGGAAAAGGUGACGAAGGUGUGUGGUAUUCAAUAG